GAAAAGGGGUCCAGACUCGGGUCCAGUCCUGCCCUACAGUUCUAGUGACUGGAGUCUUGUUCGCGUAAAUCCGCGCAUAACCCAAACCCAUUUCUGUUCUUUUACACGCUUUAACGCCGCUAUCUCAAACCUUUCUGUCUCUUGGCUUUUGCUCUCUCUCUCCGGUGCCUCUCACCCGACAGAUGACUGAUGGCACCACCGAGUGAAGGCGAAGAAAAUGAGCAACAAACACAAAGGGAAGAAAUCCAGAAGCUGCUUUCUUCCUAUCUUGGAGUUAGUUUCAGUGUUUUCUUGGCUUUCAUUCCCAAUUACUCACUCUCUUUGCUGCCCAAGUUGCAAACCCAAAUGAGAGAACUCACAGCAAGGCUUUUAACGGCUGAAGAGCAGUUGAGGCAAAUGAAGUCGAGAAGAAAAGAGGACUCCAAAGCAAACGCCAGAGUGGUAGAGAUCUUUGCCAGCCACCGGAACGCGUGGCAGGCGGAGGAGAAGCAGCUUCUGCAGCAGAUCGAGGAUCAGAGGGCAAAGAUCGAGGAGUUGGAGAGGGAGACCCAUGAAUCCAAGCGGAGGAUAGAGGAGCUCCAGGACAUGAUUCGCUUCAUCUCUACUACUAGGGCUGCUGCUGAAGAAGAGGAAAUGGAGGAGGAAUCGGCCGCGGAGAAUACCAGGGAGGACCAUGUAAAUUUUACUGGCGUUGUUAAUGUUGGGCACGAUGGGAAUUUCCCCUUCACUUCCGAUUUCUUGGCUUCUGCUUCUUCUAAGUUUUGGGCCGAGAGCACUACUCUCUGGCAGGAUGUACAGUAUGAAUCUCUUGAAUCUUUGUAUCAUAUGAAGCAUUUUGUUGCAAGAAGGGAAUCACCUUGGAAGGUAGAUGGUGAAUCAACCGGAGUGUCCUCUAAACUAAAGCUGCUUGAACAGGAACUAUCGAAUUUGGAAAAAAUUGGCAAAAGUGAUUUAUCAAGGGUACCUUCAUUAAUGAGGAAGCAGGCUAAGAGAUAUCAAGCUUUUACUGCAAAGAUCGAUGAUCUCUGCAGAAGAAUGGCUAGUGAACCCUCUGAACCCACAGUCAGUCCAGAGUUUCGAACACAGAGACAGACUGAGUUUUUGCUUGAAGCAUUUCGACUUCAGCAGCGUGCAUCUGAAACUGGACAAAAACUAAUGGCUUUACAAACUGAGGUUGGGAAGAGUUACUACAGGGAUGAUCUUGGAAGCCCAGCCAAACUUGCCACAAAACGAUCCAUGGAUUCCAUUAGAAACAACUUGCAAGAAAUACAAAGAAACUUGGAGAUAUGGUUGGCCAGAAUUAUAGGAGAUCUUGAAGGAAUUCUGGCCAGAGAUGGCUCCUCAUGUGUUAGGGAAUGCUGCGUUUCUAGAUAUCCUUUUGUUCAAUAGAAUCUUCAAACUGUAAUAUUGAUCUAACAAAAUAUCCUAUUUUAGUAAAUAUGCGGAUCAGGCCUUAAAGUGGUAGUUGGUUUACUUGUAAAGAUGAACUGAUACGUUUCAGUUAAUGGCAGCAUCUGACCUUUUGGUUUAUGGCA